CAAGGCGCUCUGCCUCACGACAAUAACCUAUAGAACAUUUUUGCCACACUUGAGGACAAGCCUACAGUAUGACACACUACUAAAUCAGUCUUUUUGCGAAGCCACACUGCCGAUCUUGCAAAGGAACCAGUGCGACAAUAGCGCUGCAGUGGGCCGAACCCGAGGAGAGGUUUUCAUGGUGUCGCGGCUGUGACAGGCCGCUAGAGGGUGGCAGCCAGGGACAAACACCCAUACACGCUGUCUGAAGAUCUCCUUAUAGGUUAAAUAACACGAGAGGAUGGAGGGUCAGAGCAUGUCUCUACUCGGCAAGAUAAUGGCAGUUAUAGGGAUAAGUGUGGUAGCAGGUCUCAUCGUGCAAGUGCGAGACCCGUUGGACUCAAUUUUAGGAGGUGGAUACCCGGAGCUGUGGAGGAAAGCGGGACUGGCAGGUGCCCCAGCCCGGGCCGUGGCGUGCAUCUCCGCCGGGGUUUCUCUUCUUGCAAUGGGCUGGCUAUAUAGACUACUGUUCGCCCCCCUGGAACUGCUCAGAACUCCCGACGAGGUUGGAUACAUUGCGGAAGACGGUCGCUCCCGCGCCCAAGCGGCAAACGAAGUGCGUCGGAGACGGAAAACUGGCGAACUGCCACCCGUUUAUCCCAACGGCUGGUAUCGAGUAUUGGAUUCUCACAUGCUGGAGCGAGGUGAUGUCAAGAACGUAACUGUUUUAGGUGAGCAGGUGGCAGUGUUCCGGGGUACAGAGGGCAAAGCCUACGUGGUGGAUGCCUACUGCCCCCACCUGGGAGCCAACCUGGCAGUGGGGGGGCGUGUGGUGGGGCAGAGCAUAGAAUGCCCGUUCCACGGCUGGCAGUUUCGGGGGGAAGAUGGGAAGUGUGUGAGGAUCCCCUAUGCAGAGAAAGUGCCAGAGUUUGCUAAGGUGCGCUGCUGGCGCAGUAUGGAGACCAAUGGUCAGGUUCUGGUGUGGUUCCACUGUGACGGAGAGGAACCUGGCUGGACAGUACCAGAGCAGGGGGAGAUCACACGAGGGGAAUGGGUUUAUCGGGGACGCACUGAGCACUUCAUCAACGCACACAUAGAGGAGAUCCCUGAGAAUGCAGCAGAUAUUGCCCACCUGGCCCACUUGCACACACCAGGCAUUGUGAGUGGGGUUGACCUGCGCUACACCAACAGCAAGACCUGGGAGUUUGUGAGGCACGACUGGAAGGUGCAAUGGGAACCUGAGUCUGAGCCCACUAAGCACUGCUCCCAGAUGCUGGUGAAACAUGCCCUGACGGUGUUUGGUCGCCACUGGCCUCUGCUGGACAUGGAUGUAGUGGCUCGACAGGUUGGUCCAGGGGUGGUGUUCCUGCUGUUCGACCACAGUUUCCUGGGUCAGGGUGUGAUCAUGCACUGUGUGACGCCUGUGGAGCCUCUACUGCAGUGUGUGUCCCACACCAUCUUCUACCAGAGCAACAUCCCGCCACUGGUGCCCAAGUUCAUCCUGAGGGCAGAGUGCAUCCAGUUUGAGCGGGACGUGAUGAUCUGGAACAAUAAGAAGUACAUCUCUAAGCCCCUGCUGGUGAAGGAGGAUUCUGCCAUCCAGAAACACAGGCGCUGGUUCAGCCAGUUUUACAGUGACAACAGCCCUCGCCUGCGCUACCAGCACAACACGAUGGACUUCUAACCUCUGAUCUCACACACUGGAGGAAGCACAGGAAAGCCAAAGGAGGUAUACUGGUCCAAAAAGACAUGAAAUGUCCAAAAGGUAUUCAAAUAUAAAAGAGAAGAAGACACCCUUGGACUCUGAAUGGGGAGAAAUUUAACACCAUAGAAAAUGGUUAGCCUUUUGUAGCAGCCAUAACGUCAAUGCAGUCAGCUCUUUCAUGGUUAAUUCAUUGUGGGGUUUUGUAAUGCAAAUCAGCUGUAGUAAAAGCAGCAUUUGUUAUUGUUUUGAUAACUGAGCUGCAACCAAGUACCCAAAGGGACUCUUAUUCUUCCAAAGCCCUGAAGUCGUGCUCCACAUUUUCACUUAAUUGGACUUCCGUAGCAAGACAAAAAUGCUGGUGGGAGGAUUCAUCUUCUCCCCUUCUUGUUAUAUUUCAAACAAAGCAACUGAAUGCCCUCACAUCUCCCAUCAGAGUUGUACAGGUGUAAAAAGAGACCAGACUAUCUUUGGCCAGUUCAGUGUACGAAAUGAACACUCUCCUGUGGGAACUUGGUGAGAUUCGCUCUGGCCUCGUUUAAGUGCCUAGCUAUAGCUACUAUGUGAUCCUGUAGGGUUGAUGGGACCUGAAGACUGCUCCCUUUUCACUCAUCUUUCUUCAGAUUUCUUCUGAUUGCUCCUGCCGUCUUCAAAACAGUUUAUCCACAUCUCAAUCGUACAGGAUUCAGCCCAUAUUAUGGUGAAGACCCACCAGAACCAACCAAUAUGAAUAGAUAUGCCAGAAUUGCCUAGCCUUUAUUGUAGCUGAUAGUAAGAGUCUAUACUAUGUGAAUGAAUAUUUUGCAUCUUCAAAGUGUUAUUGUGUAAAUCAAAUGAUACAAACCCCCCAAAAAUCCAUUUUAAUUCCAGGU